AUGGCCGCAUCAAGGGCUAUGAUUGGAAGGUCAAUGAUGACGCCAGCUUUCAAUCGUGGCUGUCUCAGCCAGGGCUGGACCGAAUCCGAUGUCACCGUCGUGAAAUCCGACGAUGAACGGAACGAGUUCUUCUUCCCUGGGUUCAUCGACACCCAUAUUCAUGCGCCGCAGUAUCCCAAUGAGGGUCUUUUUGGCUCCAAAGGCCUUCUGGACUGGCUGAAUGAGUAUACCUUCCCAAUGGAAGCUAGCUUCGGCUCCAAGUCCGACCCAGAGAACAAGGACACCGACCCCAAGGAUACACCCCACGAGGGCCUGCGCGUCUACGACGAAGUGGUGGUCAAGACCCUUUCCCACGGCACAACAACCGCAUCCUACUUUGCUACUAUCCACGUCCCGGCUACCAAUGCCCUCGCUGCUCUUUGCCACAAGCACGGCCAACGUGCUUUCAUUGGCCGUGUCUGCAUGGAUAACAAGGAGCAAUGCCCAUCCUACUACGUUGAUUCAUCCGCUGAUGAAGGAUUCAAUGCGACUAAGAGGACUAUCGAUUAUAUCCACACCCUUGACCCCAACGGAACUUUGAUCAACCCCAUUGUCACCCCCAGAUUUGCUCCCAGUUGCUCCAACCACUCUCUUACGGGUCUCGGCGAGCUUGCCGCAUCCUAUAGCCCGCCUCUGCGUAUCCAAACGCAUAUCUCUGAGAACAAUGACGAGGUUGCUCUCGUCCAGCAGCUGUUCCCGGAUUCCACUAGCUAUGCUAAUGUCUAUGAUACGCAUGGCCUGCUUACCAACCGUACUAUCCUGGCCCACGGUGUCCACCUCACCAAGGAUGAGAUGACUCUUAUCAGAGAGCGUGGCUCGAAGGUUGCUCACUGCCCUGCAUCGAACUCUGCCCUGGGCUCCGGUCUUGCCCCUGUCCGCUUCAUGCUCGACCAAGGUGUCACCGUUGGCCUGGGCACGGAUGUUGCCGGAGGAUACAGCCCCAGUAUCCUCGAAGUCGCCCGACAGGCCAGCCUGGUGUCCCGAGUUGUUCAGUAUAGUUCCGAGUACCAAGCACUGACCGGAAACAAGACCUCUGAUGGAAGUGAGAAGCUUCUCGUGGAUGAGGCUCUCUACUUGGCCACCCGCGGUGGCGCAGCAGUCGUGGACAUGCCGGAUGACAUUGGCGGCUUCGACAAGGGAAUGAUCUGGGAUGCGCAGCUGAUUGAGUUGGGUACCGCAAAGAACAGCACUACCAGCCCCCUUGAUGUCGCUACUCUCGCUGGCCGAGCUGUCGAGACUGGCCCCGUCGGCAAUGUUGAUAUCUUUGGAAAUGAGACCUGGCAGGAGCAGGUCCAGAAGUGGAUGUGGGAUGGUGACGAUCGAAACGUCAAGAACGUGUGGGUUCAGGGAAAGCUGGUCCACACCAGAACCUAG